AUGCUGCUGCGCGUCGCAGCGCUCGCCUCCCUCGUCGCCGGCACCGCAGCGCUCCAACCGACGCUUUGUGUGUGGCAGCGCUGCGCCGCGGACGCCGCCGGCGGCUGCGUCGGCGGCCUCGCCAAGGCCCUCGCCGUCUACCCGCUGGACCGCGCCGCGACGCGCCUCGAGGUGCGCACGCGGCACAACGCCACGGCGCCGCGCGGGCCGCGCCUCCGCGAGCUCUACCGCGGCUGCGGCGUCGUCGCGCUCUUCGCCGCGCCGUACGCGCUCGCGUUCCACGCGCCCUACGUGCUCGCGGAGCGCCACCUCCAACGCCGCGGCGUCGACGCGGCGCUCGCGGCGGCGCUCGCGGGCCUCGCGGGCGCCGUCGCCGCGGCGCCCGUGGGCGUGCCCGCGGAGUGCUGCAAGCGCCGCGUGCAGCUCGGCGCGGGCCGCGGCGCGGCGCUCCGAGGCGGCUUCUCGCUCUUCGACGGCUUCGCGGCGACGCUCGCGCGGAACGUGCCCUACAACGCCGCGUCCUUCGGGUUCUUCGCGCUCCUCCGCGCGCGCGGCUGGCCCCGGGGGCUCGCGGGCGUCGGCGCGGGCGUCGCGACGGCCGUGGCGACGCACCCGAUCGACGUCGUCGACGCGCGGCAGCAGACGGCGCGGCUCUCCGCCGCCCAGCCGCCGCCGCCGCCGCUGCUGUCGCGCGCGACGGCGCGGGGCCUGGCGAGGGACCCCGGCGCGCUCCUGCGGGGCCUCGCGCCGCGCGUGCUGUCCAUCGCGCCGUCGACGUACCUCUUCUUCGCCGUCUUCGGGCCCGUGUCCCAGGCCGUCUUACGACUCUUCUCCGCCCACCGACCCGCGACCGACGCGCGCGCCGUAGUCAUGAGUGCCAUGGACGACGCCACCGACGCGCCGCGCACUGUUCGUACCGCCGACGGCUGGACCUUCAGCGCCGACAUGAGCGACGAGGCCAUGGCGGAGAUCCGCGGCCUCAUCGCGGCCAACGGCCUCGCGCACGAUGGUGCCGCGCCGCCGGAGAGCGCCGCGGACCGCGCCGCGGCCGCGGACGCGGCCUUCGCGCGCAUGAUGGCCGCGCAUCCGACGGCGACGGUCGUCGGCGGCGCGCGGCCGGCGGCGGCGGAUCGCAUCGACGUGCCCGAGCGCACGCCCGAGGAGGAGGCGGAGGGCGCGGCGGCCUUCGAGCGCAUGGUCGCGGCGCACGGCGGCGCGGGCGAGAUGCGCGAGAUCAUGCCGGGCGUCUUCGCGUCCGCGCCCGACGCGCCCGACGCGUCCGGCGAGUAG